AAGGACACGAGGAGGGCAAGUGAAUGACAUUAGUGUUUGUUUUCGGGCGAUCUGUCGCUUUAAAGGGAUCUUUCCCAGCGCUUGUGUAGAGUGUACUGCAGUGAUCUGCUAUUGCGGAGGAGAAUUCUGCAUAGGGAACUCCCUGCACCGCAACUUUCACCAAUAAACCGACGAAUCUGCCGCUCACGAUGAGAGAGGGAGAGAGAGAGAGAGAGAGAGAGAGAGAGAGGGAGAGGGGCUUGAAUGCGCUGCUCGUGCUCUGCUCUGAAUGUGGCGGAUCAGUGCAGGAUCAGUGCAGGAUUCUGAUCCAGAACGAGCGAAAGUUUGACGCAGAACAUCAUGCGAGAGUUAGUGUGGAUCUGCUGCUUCGUGCUGCUGUGUGUCGGCUGCUCCUCACAGCUGUCCGUGUCUCCGAAGGAGGCGAGCGAGUUUCUCCGGAGACACCGGAGAGCGAACCAGGUGUUCGAGGAGACCAAGCAGGGUCAUCUGGAGAGGGAGUGUGUGGAGGAGAAGUGCACUAAAGAGGAGGCGAGAGAAGUGUUUGAGAAUGACCCUGAGACGGAAUACUUCUACCCGAAGUAUCAGGCUUGUAUGAAGAAGUUUGGAGACUCUGAGAAGAAGAAACAGGAUCUGAUCACCUGUGUCCACAAUAUUCCAGACCAAUGUUCUCCGAACCCCUGCAAUCCUCAUGGGACGGUGCGCUGUGAGGACAAAAAGGGUGAAUUCCAGUGUCAUUGUUUCACAGGAUGGAGCGGUGUCAGGUGUGAGAAAGAUGUGGAUGAGUGCAGCAGAGCGAACGGUGGAUGUGUGCACCUCUGUAACAACACCAUGGGCAGUUACCACUGCUCCUGUCGUCAUGGAUACACGCUCUCGGGUCACCACAUGUGUCUGGAUGUGGACGAGUGUGUGGAGACUCCAGACGUCUGCGGAUCUGCGCGCUGCUCAAACCUCGACGGGAGCUUUGACUGCUUGUGUGAGGACGGCUUCAUCUAUGACAACAUCCUCAAGAGCUGUGUAGACGUGGACGAGUGUGUGACGCACGUGUGUGAGGAGGAGUGUGUGAACACACCGGGAAGUUUCCGCUGCUACUGUGACGGACGGCAGGGGAAGAGACUGGGACAAGACUUCAGGAGCUGUGAGCCCAUCGAGCUUCACCGAUCGCUGGACAUGAGGAAGAACUCCCGCUCGCUGUACCUCGGACGCAUGUUCAGCGGGAUUCCUGUGGUCCGACUGCGCUUCCGCCGAAGGGUUCUGACCGGAUUCACGGCAGAGUUUGACCUCAGGACCUAUGACCCUGAGGGCGUGAUCUUCUUCGCCGGUGGACACUUGAACAGCUCCUGGAUUGUUCUGGUGAUGCAUCAUGGGAAGCUGGAGCUGCAGCUGAAGUACGGAGCUGUGAGUCGAGUGACCAGCAGUGGACCGCAGGUCAAUGACGGCCAGUGGCAUAAGAUCUCGGUGGAGGAACAGGGGCGGAGCCUCGUGAUCAAGAUUGACAGGGAGGCGGUGAUGAAGAUCGCAGUGAACGGAGAUCUGUUCACGCUGAAUAAAGGCAUGCAUGAGCUCAACCUGACGGUGGGCGGCGUUCCCUUCAGAGACGAUGGGCUGGUCAGCAGGGUUAACCCUCGCCUGGACGGGUGUAUGAAGGACUGGCGCUGGUUGACCGGUGAGGACACGUCCAUUCAGGACACCGUCCAGCACAACGAGCGCAUGCAGUGUUACACCGUCGAAGACCACAGCGCCUUCUACCCCGGACACGGAUUCGCCUUCUUCAACCACAGCCACGGAGACGCUCAGACGCUCCGUGUUCAUGUGACCCUGCGUCCGGCCUCGUCUGUAGGAGUCCUGUUUGCUCUGGUUCAUCACGACAGAGUCCCUUUCUCCAUCUCUCUGUCAGACUAUCACCCAGGGACUCUCGCCUGGUCCGAGCACGUGCUGGUGUCGUUCGGUGACGUGGUGGUGGCCAGUGUCCCGGUGAACCUGUGUGACGCUCAGACACACACCGUGAACGUGACGGUGUCCGGGAACCGCUCUCUGCUGGAGGUGGAUGGACGGCUGGCACAGACGGAGGUGAUGGAGGACACACACGCUCUGGAUCUGACGUCUUCUUACAGCACCUUUAUAGGAGGGAUUCCAGAUGUUUCUCUGGUGUCCGCUCCGGUGUCGGCCUUCUACACGGGCUGCAUGGAUGUGAGGGUCAACGGUCAGCUGCUGGACGUGGACGAGGCCCAACACAAGCACAACGACAUCCGCUCUCACUCCUGCCCCCUGGUGGACGCGCAGAAAUAACUCACGCGCAUACAGCACAGAGCCAUGUAUUACUCCCAUUAGACCAAUCAAACACAAGCUACUGAGAGUGUGCUGUAAAAUACUGUAACUGUACAUUACCACUGUAAACUGCUUUAGAGGAGGAUGACUCAAAACACACAUCUACCAUUAAAGGCCUCAGGCCUCGAUGUAGGUGCUCAUCAUCAUCAUCAUUCAGAAGCUUUUUUUUUUUUAGUCCCUCAGUUAAGUUCUUCCUUUUCAUCUUGCUGAAGUUGUUUUGUAUUUUGUUCAUGUUUGCGAGACUGAAACGCUUGGUGAAAACUAAUAAAGGCGGAUGGUGUUGUUAUGAUGAU